AUGGACACUGUUAAACGUCUGUACAAAGAGGCCAAAGAGCUCUUCAACGACAGAACCGCUGAGUAUUUCGCACAACCAUUAGAUGACAAUCUGUUUGAAUGGCACUUCACAGUGAGAGGUCCGCCCGACUCUGACUUCGCGUCGGGUGUAUAUCACGGCCGCAUAAUAUUGCCGACAGAAUACCCGAUGAAACCGCCGUCUAUUAUAAUGCUUACACCGAACGGACGCUUCGAAGUGAACAAAAAGAUAUGUCUGAGUAUAUCAGGCCAUCACCCGGAGUCGUGGCAGCCCUCGUGGUCCAUACGCACCGCACUUCUCGCCAUUAUUGGCUUUAUGCCCACCGAAGGCUUGGGUGCCAUCGGAUCGCUUGAUUAUCCGUCAGAAGAGAGGAAGACGUUGGCAGUGAAGUCACAGAACUGGUGCUGUCCUUCUUGUGGACAAAUCACCAAAUUAUUGAAAACUGAAGACUCGAACCACAAGGAAAGCGAAGCCAAUAAAGAGGCUAAAGAACUCGCGAAACAAAUUCGUUUUAAGGAAACUAAUUCCGAGUCGACCGAAGACAAGUCAACCCCAAUCCCAACCGUUUCUGAGGCAACGACGACAAGCACUGAACCCAAUGAAGCCACUGUCCAGACGACUGAACAAACAGUUGACCAAACGGUUGAGCAAAACAACACUUCCGAUACGGAUCCACAACUGAUCCACAGAAGUGUUUCUGUAACGCAUUCCAACCCUAUUAUGACCGCAAAUGUUACGGCAAACGUCACUCUCAGAACUAACAUCAAUCUGGACUCUGGCUCUCGUUUGACCAAUUAUUUAAUCGCAUUCAUAGUACUGGCGCUCGCAUUCUUGCUCUUCAGACGUUUCUUUCUGUUAUAG